GCAAAGCAGCAUCGAAAGUCACUUCUGAGCAUGCUCCGCCCAGUUCCAAAAUGGCAGCAGCCGAACUCUUAUUUUUCCGGCAGGAACUUGGCAGGUAUGACCAGGUGUGAUCCCAUGGUCAGAAAUACUCAAUGAGAAGGGAGUUCAAGAAGGAUGGGAGUUUCUUAAAGGAGAAAUAUUGAAGGGCCAAAUUCAGCAGACAAUACCAACAAGAAAGAAAAGUGGGAGGCAACUAAGGAAACUGGUGUGGCUGCAUAAGGAGCUUACAGAUGAGCUGAGAGUUAAGAAGGGCAUGUAUAAGAAAUGGAAGAAAGGAGGAGUAUACACGAUUGCAGUUGCAGGCUGACUAAAGCUCAGAAGGAGCUCAGGCUUGCAAGAGAGAUUAGAAAUAAUGAUAAAGGUUUCUUUGGCUAUGUCCGAAGUAAGAGGAAGAACAAGCAACUGGUAUGUCCUCUGCGUGGGGAACACGGAGAAAUGCUAUUGGGUGACAGAGAAAAGGAGGAACUAUUCACCACCUACUUUGCCUCUGUUUUUACCCAAAAGGAAAGUGAUGCCCAACCUGGUGAGAACAGAAUAAAUGAUGUAAGGAGGGAGCUGCAGCCCAAGAUAGGAAAAGAGGUAGUAAGGGAACACCUAAUUACUUUAAAUGAAUUCAAAUCUCCAGGACCUGAUGAGCUGCAUCCAAGGGUACUAAAGCAGCUUGCGGAUGUAAUUCAGAGCCUUUGUAUAUUAUCUUUGAGAAUUCUUGGAGAACAUGUGCGGUCAUACAGACUGGAGGCAGGCAAAUGUCCCCAUCUUCAAAAAGGGAGGAAAGGAAGACCCAGGUAACUACGGUACCAACCAAUGAGCUUGACAUCAAUAGCAGGGAAGGUCCUAGAACAUUUGAGCAUUUAGAAAAGGAUGCUGUGAUUACUCAGACCCAGCAUGGGUUUCUCAAAAAUAAGUCAUGCCAAACCACUCUGAUUUCUUUUUUUGAUGGAAUUACAAACUUAGUGGAUCAGGGAAGUACUGUGGACGUGGUGAAUCUUGAUUUCAGUAAGGCUUUUGACAAAGACCCCAUUAUAUUUGAAUGAGAUAGCUGUUAGGUGGAUUUGUAGCUGGUUGACUAACAACCCAAAGAACUCAUUAAUGGUUCCUCAUCAGCCUGGAAACAUGACAAGUGGGGUGCUGCAGGGUUCUGUCCUGGUCCUGUUGAUGUUCAACGUCUUUAUAAAUGACUUGGAUGAAGGAAUUGAGGGGAUGCUCAUCAAAUUUGCAGAUGACACCAAACUGGGAAGGAUAGCUAAAGCCGUAGAAGACAGAAUCAGAAUUCAAAAUGACCAUAACAGAUUGGAGAACUGGGUGCAAGCUAACAAAAUGAAUUUCAAUCGGGACAAAUAUAAGCUUUUGCCCUUAGGCAGGAAGAACCAGAUGCACAAAUAUAGGAUGGGGGACAUCUGGCUUACUAGCAGUACACGUGAAAAGGAUCUAGGGGUCUUAGUGAACCACAAGUUUAACAUGAGUCAACAGUGUGAUGCAGCAGCAGCAAAAAACAAAACAAAACGCUAAUGCUAUUCUAGGCUGCAUCAACAGAAGUAUAGUGUCCAGAUCAAGGGAAGUCCUACCCCUGUUUCUCAUAUUUUAAGACAUACCCAUAAAAUAAGCCAUAGCAGGAUUUUUAAGCAUUCAAGGAAUAUAAGCCAUACCCCGAAAAUAAGACAUAGUGAUAGGCGCAGCAGCAAUGCCGGCCGCGGCAGGAGGAGGAGGAAAAAAUUAAGACAUCCCUUGAAAAUAAGCCAUAGUGUGUUUUUUUGAGAAAAAAAUAAAUAUAAGACGUGUCUUAUAAUAUGAGAAACACGGUAGUGCCACUCUAUUUUGCCUUAGUCAGACCACACUUGGAAUACAGUGUCCAAUUCUGGGUACCACAGUUUAAGAAGGAUGUUGACAAGCUGGAACGUGUGCAGAGGAGGGCAACCGAGAUGAUCAAGGGUAUGGAAAAUAAGCCUUAUGAGGAGCGCUUGAAGGAGCUGGGUAUGUUACUCUGAGAGGAGAUAUGAUAGCCAUCUUCACAUAUCUUAAGGGCAGUCACAUGGAUCGUGCUUGUUUUCUCCUGCUCUGGAGGGUAGACUCGAACCAAUGGCUUCAAGCUGGAAGAAAGGAGAUUCCGAGUAAUAAUAAUAAUUAUUAUUUAUUAUUUAUACCCUGCCCAUCUGGCUGGGUUUCCCCAGCCACUCUGGGCGGCUUCCAACAAAAUAUUAAAAUACAAUACAGUAGUCCAACUAAACAUUCAGAAAAGCUUUCUGACAGUAAGAGCUGUUCAGCAGUGGAACAGACUCCCACAAGAAGUGGUGGACUCUCCUUCCUUGGAGGUUUUUAAACAGAGGUUGGGUGGCCAUCUGUCAUGGAUGCUUUAGCUAAGAUUCCUGCAUUGCAGGGGGUUGGACUAGAUGACCCUUAGGGUCCCUUCCAACUCUAAGAUUCUAUGAUUCUAUGAGUAUGUCCCACUUUACUAUCCUUUCCCUUGCCCGUUCUUAAUCCUGUGGGCUCUGCUAAAGCAGGUUCUGUGACUCAUUCAGUUAUUUUUCUCCAAUAGUUGCUCAUCUGCCAAUUGAGGUUUACCUUCAGCUUGGUGGAAUUUGAUGACUAAUGCUUAAUAAGAGUAACCACCACAAUCUUAGCUAAUAUAUGCAAGCAUCAAGAAAACAAACAAUAUCCAGUUUUAGCAUGUCAUGGUUUUGAAGCUAAUAUAAUUUGGCAUGCUUGCUUAGUUGAGUUACAACAUAAUUGCUUUGUCUAACCCUGAUUAUUAAUAUAAUAGAUCAAGGGAAAAUUUCUCAACAAAAAAAUAUGCUGCUUCAUGCAUGCUGUAUCGUGCUUAUAUUACCAGCACCCCAAUGUUUACAUUUCAGUUUGCAACCCAAAGUAUGUAUUUUGUUUUCUGUAAUUGCAUAUACUGUGUAUUCUCAGUUAAAUAAUGAUUGUACUAUCCAGAGGCUUCAGUAUAUGUACCUGAAAAUAAUUUAUUAAAAUAGUCAAGAUACUGCAAUAGAUUUAAGACAUUUGUACAUUCUUUAGGAUAGUAAAAGAUAAAGGACCUCUGGAUGGUUAAGUCCAGUUAAAGGUGGCUAUGGGGAUGCGGCGCUCAUCUCACUUCAGGCCGAGGGAGCUGGUGUUUGUCCACAGACAGCUUUCUGGGUCAUGUGGCCAGCAUGAUUAAACUGCUUUUGGUGCAAUGAGACACCGUGAUGAGUGCCAGGCGCAAUGGAACACCGUGACAGAAGCCAGAUAGCAUGGAAACGCUGUUUACCUUCCAGCCGCAGCAGUACCUAUUUAUCUACUUGCACUGGUAUGCUUUCAAACUGCUAGGUUGGCAGAAGCUGGGAAAGAGCAAUAGGAGCUUACCCCAUCAUGGGGAUUUGAACUACUGACUUUCUGAUCGGCAAGCUCAAGAGGCUCAGUAGUUUGGUCAUGUUAGGUGUCACUGCUUCUCAGCCUUUUUUAAAAUAGCGUGAAAGGUAUGUGAAAUACUCACAAAAGCAAAAGAACUGAAAAGUGAAGCAUAAACUGAAACAGACAUUCUAAGGAAGCGAAUUGGAAGUAGUUCACUUGCCAGCUAGUUCUUUUUUCCUCUCUCUCCCUUUUUGGAUAGCUCUGUUUUAACCCAUUUUCUUUGGGCAUCUCUCUUUUCUUUUGGCUGAUUUCAGAUCAGUUAUUCACAUGAAGCUAACAUUGAGCAUUUUAUACUGAACUCACUUGACCUGAUCAGUAAGGGGCAGAAGAGAGAUAAGAUUGUGUCCUCCUUAAUACCUUGAAUAAUGUAAAUGUUUAAUCGGGUUCCAAAAGAACAUUUGUAAACUGGAACAAUCACUUCCUGGUUUGCGGCGUUCGGGAGUCAAAAUGUACGAGUUCCUGGUCCUUCGAACAACAGACGACUGUACUGCAAAAAACUUAAAUGCAUUGGGAGCACCAAUCCCACAACAAACACCUGUCUAGAAGCACCCUGAAUAUAUAAAAGAGCUUAUUUGAAGUAGCGCUCUUGAUGUUGAGUUAUAUGAAAGUUCUGUCUGAGUUGCCAGUGCUUGCUGUUUAACAUAUAUGAGUUAUCCCAUCAAGUCAUUAAUAUGCUUAUUUUGACUCUCCCUAGCUACAUGUUUGGUAUCAUGUGUGCCUCAGUGACAAGGGAAAAUAUAGUAGGGGUGUGGGGAUUUUUGUUUUUUGGAGGGGGGAGGGAAGAAAUGACUGACUAGCCAGACAAAACUUUGAUCUAGAAAGCUUUUGACAUAUAUAAUCCAUAAACUGAUGUAGAAGGAAGGAGGGACUAGCUGUCUGCCCAUGCAGUACAUGAAGAGGCCUAACUUACAAUUUGAAAAACUGCAAGUUAAGGUAAUAAUGCAUAGCUGCCAAGUACCCCGUUUUCCUUGGGAAACCCCCGUAUUUUCUUACCGUUUCCCGCAGGUGUCCCGAAUGGCAAAAUACCCCGUAUUCCCCCCGGAUUACGGAGCUCCUGCUGGCGGCCAUGUUCUUCUGGUGCUGCGCCGGCACCGGAAGUCACUUCUAUGCACUUCCGGACAUGCGUAGAAGCGACUUCUGGCGCUGCGGACAUUUUUGAAAUGGGCAGAGCGGCACCAGAAGUCACUUCUACGCACUUCCGGACAUGCGUAGAAGCGACUUCUGAUGCCGUGGCACUGCUGAUCCCAGAUCUUUCAAUCUGGAACUUGGCACCUAUGGUAAUAAUGAGGUAUUACAAAUUCAUAAUCAGUUGAAUGCAGUGUUAUCUUAAUGUAAAUUACUUCUGGACAAACUGAAUUGUCUGCAAGAAGACAAGUGAAACAUUCCAUCCAUUUGUAGGCCUGAAUUUAAUUAGUUUUAAUAAAAUGUGCUAAAAGUCCCCAGACUUUGCCUACAGGAAGAGGAAACUGUCCAAUUUGCAUCAAACUUUUAGUGUCCAUUUUUACUAGACAGCUGUAAAUUAGAGCCUGGCUACAUGUUAAAUUCAUCACAUCAAAAACCAGCCACAUGCAAACCAGCUAAGAAUUCCUAAGGUCCUCCAGAAACAGAGUGUGCAGGCUAGAGAGGAUCACCAACAAAACACAAAGGAGAACAGGAACAGCUGGCCAACUUUCUCCAGUCAUUGUGCAUCUGUGUUCUAGUGGCCAGUUGCCCAUUAUGGCAUUGUGGAUGAAAAAAGGACAAUUAUGAGAAAAAGCAAAUCAAGAUGAACAACACAGCUAGAAAAGCAGCCAGUGAGAUUGACCCUGCCGUUAGGCUGCGGGAAACUUCCUCUUCUUCUUCUUUUUCUUCUUCUUCUUCUUCUUCUUCUUCUUCUUCUUCUUCUUCUUCUUCUUCUUCUUCUUCUUCUUCUUCUUCUGUCAUGAAAGGGUGGCAGAUUCUUUGUUGUUUCACUUACUGUAUUUCUACUCCUGAAGCACUUUCUGCUUCAGGCUCAGAAAUAAUUUGAUGAUUAGCCUUGGCUAACCUGCAGCUUGACUAGUGAUGAUGAAGGCAUUUGCUGUUGUUCCUCAGGAAACAAAAUUUAGGGUUUCUUAGUGGAGAUCCAGACAGAAAAGUUGUUGAGCUUUCCUUUUUUCGGGGUGGGGGCGAGGGAGUUAUUGAGCUUUAGUUCGGCCCAAAGUUGUUGAGCUUUUUUGCCAAAAUAGCAAAGAAGCCAUUUUUGUGCUUCUGUGUGUAUGCCUAUAGUCUUAUAGAGAACACUUUUUGCUGGGUUCCAAAUCUUAGGAUAACUGACGUCACUACCAAAUGUCACUCUUCUUACUGCACGCUGCUCUUUUUAUGCUUGUGAGUUUUCAUUGUAUUUUCUUAUGCACAGGGAUAUUGUGUUUGGGGUUAGAAGUGGUUAUUUCAGUUUUGAAAAAGAAACCAAGGCUUGCUAAAUGCACAAAUAUUUCCACAUGCUCUUUGAGUCUUUGUUAACGUGCAUUAUGAAGUAACAGCAGGCCUAUCUUCUAAUACAUCCUUUUUCCAUCUGACGUUUGGAUAUUUCUCACAUUUCCAAGUGAUGUCUGCUGAUCUAGUUAAUCUGAGCACAUGCUACAGUGACACACAUACCCCAACUAUAUGGAGAAUUCGCCUCUUCAUAGUUCCAUCCUUAUUUCAAACAUUGUGAUAUAUCAAUAUAUUGUGAUGUUUAACUGGUGAUAUAUCGUGAUCUUGAAAACCAGAUAUUGCCGAGCCCUGGUGGGAAAGGGUAUCCCCCUUUCAUCUUCUUCCCUCUGUCCUACAUAGUUUCCAGGUUGGGAUGUAGUAACCACCUUUGCCAGCUCAUAACAAAGCAUGCAAGCUUUGCUGGCGUCAGACGAAUUCCUCAAGGGUACCAUUGAGACUAUGGGCACCAUGUUGGUGACCCUAGCACUAAAAGGCUAAUAUGAAGAGAAAUAAUUUACUGCUAAUGUGAAUACUUUGGAUGUAGUGUCAACAAGUCUACGAUGAUUCAUAAUGGUGUGUUUUAAUAAUGAUAUUGUGGGGAGUAGAGUGGUUCUGCAGUUAGACACAACCUUUUAUUUUUAAUUAUGUUUCCAUAAGUGACCCUCCUACUUGAACUCUUGAACUUGGAAAAGCAUUUGUACCCUGGAGAAAACUCUCAAAAACGCUGCAGAUCCUGGAUUUCUUAAAAGCCAUUCUUUCCAGGACUGGCAGUAACUAAAGUGACCCUGGUCAAGAUUUCUGUAAGACAGAAAUGCUCCCACAGGUUGCCACCAGAGAAGCUGAGCUGCCAGAAGCUUGCCCUGUGAAUCUUCAGGCGUUCUUAUCUUAAUGGAUUGCUGUAACCUACUAAUCUCUCCAUUUGUCCACUUCCCUGUUUCGUGAGAAUAUUAGCCAGCACAGAUCCUGGGAAAGUUACAUGGUGUGAACGGAAUGUCUGUGGAUGAGAAGACUGAAUCCCCCAUGUAUGUGUAUGAGUCAACAGUCCAUUGUACCAAUAUCCUCCUGUGCCUCAAUGACCAGCGGAAGCAGGAUAUUCUCUGUGAUGUGACUUUGAUUGUGGAGGGGAAAGAGUUCCGAGCCCACCGGGCUGUGCUGGCUGCGUGCAGCGAAUACUUCUUGCAGGUGUUGGUCGGGCAGACAGAAAAUGAUCUGGUGGUCAGCCUGCCAGAGGAGGUCACUGCCAGGGGAUUUGGUCCAUUGUUACAGUUUGCCUACACUGCUAAGCUGUUACUCAGCAGAGAAAACAUACGAGAGGUCAUCCACUGUGCAGAAUUCCUGCGCAUGCACAACCUGGAGGAUUCUUGCUUCAGCUUCCUUCAAACGCAACUCCUGAACAAUGAAGAUGGCCUGUUUCUGUGCAAAAAAGACACCACCUACCAGCGGAUGCAUGAAGACGAGAACUCCGAGGGAGAAGAGGAGGAGACGAUGGAGUCAGAGACUUCCAAGAUCUCUUGCCCAAGGGAGAGAACGCACCCAGAGCCCUUUAACUUUGAAUCGGCCAGUUCGGGAGCGGACAAGGAAGAAGGGAUGCUGCCUGACUCUGAUAUCUUGAACGAUGCCAAGGACAGUUUGGACAAAGAAGCAGUGACCCGGUUACCCAGAUAUAAGAAAUACCAGAUGGCUUGUACCAAGAAUGUCUACAACGCAUCACACAUUAGUACCUCAGGUUUUGCAAGCACAUUCAGUGAAGAAAGUUCUGGCGAUAGCCUCAAGCCAGAGCUUCCUGUAGGGGAAAUUAAAAGUGAGCCUAGGAGUGAGGAGAAUGAUGAAGAAAACAUCACGCUUUGCCUCUCUGGAGAUGAGCCUGACAUCAGGGAUAAAGAGGGGGAUGUUGAAAUGGACCGGAAGCAGCCAAGUCCCACUGGAGCUGACAGGUCUAAAAGUGUUUCCUCCCCUUCCUGCCUAAGGUCUUUCUUCAACCGAACAAAAAAUGUAGACUUAGUUGGCUUCCCCAGUACUUCCCAACAGCACUUUGCCAGGAGUCCAGCAUGCCCUUUCGAAAAGGGGACAACUCAGGGUGACCACAAAACUGAUUAUGUCCCUUUCGCAGGGAAUUAUGGACUCUCCCAAGCUGUUCAGAAGGAUGCUUCCAAUUUUACCGUGGGAUCGCCUCUCAGGGGCCCUGGCUUUGUUGAAGGUCUCUGUAAGCAGGAAGGUGAGGUGGACAGGAGGAGUGUUAUAUUCUCUUCAAAUGUUUGUGACCAAGUAAACACUUCGGUGCAUUCAUAUUCUGGCAUGAACAGCUUGGAGAAAGAUCUCACCGAGACUGUGCCAAAGGGUCUCUGGGCAGGAAGUAGCCAGUCCCUUCCCAGUUGCCAGACCUAUUCUCACAUUGGACAGGCAGCUGAUCUCUUACCAGGACGGAUGCGGCCGAACACCAGCUGCCCAGUGCCAAUUAAAGUUUGCCCUCGCUCUCCUCCACUAGAAACCAGAACGAGGACCUCCAGCUCAUGUUCCUCCUACUCGUACGCAGAGGAUGGCAGCGGGGGUUCGCCAUGUAGCCUCCCUCUGUGCGAGUUUUCAUCUUCCCCCUGUUCCCAAGGAACUCGGUUCCUGACCACGGAGCAUCAGGAGCAGAGCAUGAUGGGAGAUGGAAUGUACAACCAAGUCAGACCCCAGAUAAAAUGUGAGCCAUCCUAUGGAACAAACUCUAGCGAUGAGUCUGGAUCGUUCUCUGAAGCAGACAGUGAAUCAUGUCCUGUGCAAGACAGAGGACAUGAGGUGAAACUUCCAUUUCCUGUAGAUCAAAUCACGGAUCUUCCAAGGAAUGAUUUCCAGAUGAUGAUAAAGAUGCACAAAUUAACCUCAGAGCAAUUGGAAUUUAUCCAUGAUGUUCGGCGGCGCAGUAAAAACCGGAUUGCAGCUCAGCGUUGCCGUAAGAGAAAACUGGACUGUAUUCAGAAUUUAGAAUGUGAAAUCCGCAAGUUGGUUUGUGAGAAGGAGAAACUUCUAUCAGAAAGGAACCAAUUGAAAGCAUGCAUGGGGGAGCUGUUAGAUAAUUUCUCCUGCCUUUCCCAAGAAGUGUGUAGGGAUAUGCAGAGCUCCGAACAGAUCCAAGACCUGCACCGAUACUGCCCUGUCCUCAGGCCUAUGGAUCUUCCAACAGCAACCAGUAUCAACCCUUCACCAGCCGGGGUAGAGCAAAAUGUGGUGACAUCUCAGUGUGUUGGGGAAGGCUUGCAGUGCUGUUCGGAGCAAAGCCCAGUGCAGCAACUAGGAGCUCACUGGCUACCUAACAACAUUUCUGGCAAAUGUGCAGCGGCAAGAGUAUUGGAUGGAGCUGACCAAGGUACUUACUGCGAGCAGGAGCUCCCUCUCGAGCAGAAUAACCAAACGGUGACAGUGGACUUCUGUCAGGAAAUGACUGAUAAAUGUACAACAGAUGAGCAACCUAGGAAGGAAUACACCUAGUGGCUGUAUACCUUUUUCACGCCAUGCCUAGCAAGGUAUUCUUCAGUCAGCCAGUGGCCACGUUCGUUUGUUGUUUAGAUUGAAGAACAUAUUUGGUGCACACUACAGUGGUCUUAGCAGCAAUACUGUUUUUAAGUAUUCCCUCCUCUCUACAAGCGGGAGUUUAACUUCUUCACUAUGGUGCUAUCCCUUGCUCAUGCAGGGGAACAAAACAGUGGCAACACUGUCUGUUUCUUUUUAAUUGUUGUUGUUAUUGUUGUUGUUAUUGUAUUUUAAUUUCAAUAUUCAACAGGGAUGGACAUAACACCUCUGAGGACCCAAACGCAGCUUUUUUCUCAGUGGCCCAUGUCACAAAACCCUAACUCAGGAAUUUCCUCUGAAUGUUCAAUUUUUCAUUGAAGACAGCUUCUUUACACAUCAAAGUUUUAUAACUAAACUGUACAUACUAUAUAUAGUAUAUAUAAAAUAUAUAUCCAUAUGCAAAAAAAAUCCCUGCAUGCCUCAAAUUUUUCUCAUGAAAACAACUGGAAUUUUUUUAAAGUUAUGUUGUAUAAACAAAUUCCAACAUUCCUUCUUCUUUUUUCUUCUUUUUUUUGGGUCAAUGCUAGGUAGUAGUUUGUAACGGUUUUUAAUAUUUUCCCACCGCCACUUAGGUUCACGGUUCAGCAAUAUCAUUCAGUUUGUAUUUUAUUUAUAAAGUUUAAUGUUGGAAGCUUAUUUGAAAUUUUAAUAUACACAGUGUUUGUGGCACAGCUGUCUUUUAUGUGCCCAUUUGAGCAAAGUGGGUUUUAUUUGAAUCCUCUCACAAUACUGUACAGCGAUGGUCAACUUUGCCACUUGCACAGAGUUUUGGAUCAAACCCCUUUUCAUAAAUGAAGUUGUGACUUCAGUAUAACUCAUAUACUGUAUUCUUUGCUUUUUUAUUGUUAUCUGUUAAGUAAAACAACAUUUUUUUUAUUAAAAAUAACAACACCACUCAGGAGAUGAUUAUAUAGGGAAACAACAAUCUUGCCAAAUAUGGAAUUCACCCAAUAGUGUGAAUUGGGUAUUUUCUGUAUUCGUCUUUUUCUUCCUUCUUUUACUUCCCCAAUUCAGAUAUUAAGUCGCUGCUUCUUCUUCUUUCUUUAAGAGGGAUUUUCUAUUUGUCAAGUAUCAUUUGAUACUUACAAAGACACCUUAAAAACUGUACAGUGGCCAGUGUAUGUCAUUGAUAUUGAGAACUAUAGCUUAAGACACAGGUUGUUUACGUUGGUGAACAUAGUUCCAUGAGACUCAGUGAAGUUUGAAUUAAGCUUCCCACUGCAAUUCUUGCUUAUUUAUGUUGUACUAGUGCUGUUCAUCCCUUCCAAUAGUCCUAUUGGCCUCAGUGUGUAAUUCUGUUGUACGCCAUGUUAUGCAGGUGUUAACAGCAGUGUUUCACUACACUUGUUUCCUAUUUACACUGGCAUUUGUUCAACUCUAACUCAGCUCCACAGAAGUAUGAGAAACAGUCUACGUGAAAGGUUUCCAGGACUGGCCCUGUAAUAUAGAGAUGUAGAGGCUUGCUUAGAGCAAUCUCUACCCCAAAGUGUUAAAAAGCAUGCAUUUCUGCAGUGAUUCUGCAGUGAUUGCCCUUGUGUCAGAAAUAUUGUGCUGUCAGAUUUCCUCAGUUUGUAGUAUUUUUAUCAGCACAAAGCAGCAUCUGUCUCAGAGGAAACUUUGUUGGAGGACAAGUUUCAGAAGUACUGAAACUCAAGGAAAUUCAUAAAACUCCAGAUGACCUGACUCACAUGGUGAUUGUGCAAGGCAAGCUUCUUUCAGGUGUAACAUCUGCCCAACAAACAUAUGUGUGAGGGACAGGGGAUAUCGCGAAGUCCCUCCCCUCCUGAGUUCAAGCCCGUCCCCGAGCAAAGGGGAAAGCAGGGAGAGUUCCGAUUCCAGUGGGGAAGCAGGAAGUCGUGUCCGAGGCUCAGGCAAGGUAGAGGAGCCAGGGUCCCAGGUGGGACAGGAAGGGGCAAGUAAGGGGGGAAGACCCAUCCCCCCAACUCCAGAAUUACGCAGGAAGAGGAGGGGCAAGAGGAUGGGUCUGCCAAAGCUUUUGUGUUGGAGAAAGACGCGCCAAAAGCCAUUAGGAGGUUCUGAAACCGACUGACAACAUCGCUCCGUGUAAAUAGCAAUGACUUGAGCACUGUAAAUACGCAGCACCAAUAAAAGAAUAAAAUGCAGAGCUGCGUAGCGUCGUUACUCUGAAGUAGUCCACUCCGGCCACUGUGACAAUAUGGAAACAACUCUUCAGGGAAUGGGUGGGCACAAUCCACCAGGACUUUUCCUACACCAUUUUCAUUGUGAUUGAUGGGAAUUGCUCAAGAGAGAUGCUUUUACAUAACAUCCAAAGAUUUCAAGGGGUUUUUUGUAGGAUACUUUUUCCCUCAUCACCUUAUCCCUGAUGGAUUGUGUCCUCUGUUGUUGUUGUUUUGUUUGCUUUUUUAAAAGUGACUUUCUAUCUUGAUUGUGCCAGGGUGCUUUGAACUAUAUUUUAUGAUGGCAUCUAUGGUUUACAGAUUGGUACUGUUCACCUUUUCUGUGGAUAAAACCAUAUUGAGCCACCACAUGUGAUUGAAACAGGUUUUUUUCCUAUUAACUAUGACAAUAUGUUUCUCAGUGCUAAUGUUUACACUAAGCGGUAUGGCACUCAGUAAAUCUGCAUUGUUUUUAUAAAAGAUGAAUUGACACCCUCUUUUUUAUCAGCUUAUGCAGACAACUUGCCAGUCCUGUUUCUUCUCUGUACUCCAAAUUCACUGCAACCUACCUGCCAACUAGGAGGCGUAUCCAUUGCAUGUGCCACAUUUAUUUACUAGGAAGGGAGGGAUGUUCUUAUGUAGGUUGGAACUGCUAUGUUUUUAAAUAUAUAAAUUAAGUAUUAACCAUUUCUGUAAAACAAACAAAAACUUACUCUAAUUAUUCAUCUAUUUAUAUAUGUCAUAAGGAUGCUAGUUCAAGCUGUAGGAUGUUUUGGCGCAGGGGUGAGAAAGUCCUUGACUCGCUUUGUAGCUAUUUAAUUAUAUUGGAAGCUUGCAACAAUUCUGUGUGCAGAAAACAGAAGCUCUUUAGGGGGUUAGGGGAUAUGCAACUAUGAGGGGAUUGACUUGUAAUCAGUUGACAUUGCAGAGCCCUUCUGUGCUUUGCAAAGAAAUCUUAACUUCUGUGAGAUGGACAGUGAUGGAAGCUAGAUUUUUUUUUUAAGCUACAUGUGAAUUGCAUUAUGGCUUUAAAGCCAGGUUUUUGCAUUUGAGAUUUUGUUGUUGUAAUCGUUCAGUCGACAGUAUUGUUCAAAUGGUUUUUUCUGUUGCCUUCUUUAUUUUUAAGUGACCUCCAGCUAGUUGUGGUUUUUAUGGGUAUUCAACCAAGUCUGAGCUAGCUUUCUGACAUGAAGAUUUGCUAUCACACCAACUCACGUGCAACUGGUACUUUUGACCUCAUUCCAGUGGUUUAAAUGCAAUUGACAGAACAUAUUGUUCCACAGCUAUUGUAUUGACCUGGCUCUCUCAUUGGUGCUGGGCCUCUCUCUACCUUUCUCUUCCAUUUUCUUUUCUUGGAGAAACUGAUUUUUAAAAGUCCACUGCUCAGAUAAGUCUAUCGUUUCAAGCUUUUUAGGAUGAGUUUAUCUUUUCACCAUUUACAAGUGACUGAUAUGUAUAUUUUUCUUAAUUGGACUAUAUAUUGUGUAUGGUUCUUCAGAACUACAUGUGGCUCUUGGGUUAAUGUCAAGAGAGACAUGUAGGAGAAUUAGCUUCAGAACUGGACACGAAGCGACACAUUUGAAUAAAUAACUGACCAAACUUCUAUUGGAAAAUAAAUAAGUAGGCAUUGCUGAACAAUGCAGAAGGAGAAAAUACCUUCGAUUGAUUAAAAAUUCAUAAAGGAAUUAAUAGGUUUGUCUCAGUUUGAGGUUUUGUGCUAGAUGGAAACUGCUUUUGCACUGAUACAAAGAGCAUGUAAGGAGUAUACAUUUAGCUUUGUCCAGUCUGCAACUAGUCCUCCUUUUUAUUUGCCUUUGCUAUACUUUGUAUUGCCAGAAAACCUCAUUUCAUUUAGGCUUUUUCUGCUUUUGUCAGGUGAGUAUUACACUAUGUAAUAUAUUCGUUUCUCCACGUUAUCUUGGGGGUGCCUUGAAUACAAUUGAAGUUCAUUGCAACCUGAUUCUGGAACAAAAGAGCUAGUUUAAAGGGGGGGGGGACUCAAUCAAGUUACCAAGACAUCCCCAUUUUUAUAUUCUAGACCUAACAUAUGACGACUCAGGCGUCAGAGUUUGAUGCUGCAGUAUAAAACUAUUAUUUUAUAUAUUGUGCAAGUAAAUUAUUCAAUGUCUUUCUAAGGGUAUAUGCUGCUUUAAAGAUGCACUAUUUUAUUUUAAUUUUUGUGGAUCUAAUCCAUGUAUUUUUGUUCCCAAGGAAGUAAAAAAAAAUAUCAUUGGAUACACAAACCACUGUGAUUAGUAUUUACAACUGCUGUCUCUUUUUCAAAAAAAAAUAGUGUGGACAUUGCAUAAAACUUAUUGUAACAGAUUCAGCUGCUGAUAAUGUGUUGGUUAAGGGUUACAUUCAACUCAUGCCCAAGCUUUUAAUUUCAAAAGCUUUGAUAAACACCCAGGAUACUUAUAUAGGCAGGUUUUUUAAAAGAAAGAAAAAGAAAGAAAAACGUUCAGCCUUUUUUUUUUUUACCCCUGUCAGGAGUUCUGAACACUGUGAUAUUCAGCAGGUGUGGUUAUUCUCGUCAGUGCAUUGCUGUGAUGAGAAAAGCUACACCUGUGGAAUUUCAGUUUUCCUCAGAGCUCUUAAAACAAAAACGAAUUCUUCCCUGGAUGGAAUAUGGUAAGCAUUGUGACAAACUGCUGUAUGUUUGGGGUUUUUUUUAAAGUUUGUAUGCCAGAGUCAGAAUAAUUCUAAAAUAAAAGAGACCUCCAGAGCCUUUAAUCUCAUUCCACCAUUAUGACUUUUUUACUGGUGACCUGUAACCCUUUUAUAUCCAUGGGUGUCUUUUUAAAGAAUACAUGUAGGUUUAGCCGAUGAAGCUAGAGGGUUCCUUGAGCAUCUGGCCUAAUGGGUAGUAUUGAUAAGCCUAUGCAAGCCUCACCAACCCAGCUCAAACCAAUGACUCCAAGAGGUAGUCUUUACACACAAAUAAUAAGGUUUUUGUUUAUUUAUACCCUUAUUUUCGUUACAUCAGCUUAAUUGUGUACCUGUUUUAAAAUUCUAUUUAGAGAAGGUGGAUAGGGCAAAGGGGGGGGGAUUUCAUGUAGCCUAAGGGAAACCUUGCUAAAAAUGUGGUAGCUAAUUUCUAUCUCCCAUAUAAAAUCAGUGUGUGUACUUUUGCUUGUUUAUACUAUGUAUAUUUAUAAUAUUUGAAUUAUUUCAAGACUCAGGCAUCAGAUGAUGCUGCAGAAUAGAGUUGUACAUGUACAUACAUUAAGUCCAUUCAAACAAUUUUAUGUAUAUUAAAAUCUAUAGUUUGGUGGAUUGUAGACUACUAAUAAAUUAUUAUAAUUUUCUCUGGAAGUUAGAAUGUCAUUGCUUGCCGUGUAAAAGAAUUACAGUAUUUUCCUACACUCCACCAAUAUUAUAUAUUUAAAAAAAACCCAUUAAAACUAGUGAUAUGUGUUUGUUUUUAAAUUAUAAUACUCAUAUGGUUUUACCAUUGUGAUGGAAACCACUUUUACAGUGGAGUGUUAAUUAUUCAAAUUCCCUUCUCAAACUUAAAAGAAGAUUUUUAUGACUGGUUUAAAUGCCUUUUAUUGUUGGACAUGUCAUUAACUCUAUUACAACAUCAGCUCUAUUAUAGGAGUCCAGUUUACAGACAAGUUUAGACACCUAUGCAGUGUGGUAAUUGAUACGUACAUUCGUGCAGCAUGUUUGCUUCCUUUUUGAUAGAACUUAUUCCCGGAUAAGUGUGCAUAGGACUGCAACCUUUGGAACUGAAAAGCUUAAGCAAUUUGGUCAGAAGUUGACUUUUUUCAUUGCUUGGAGUUUGAAAUGUAACUCAGUUUCUCAUUCUGGAAUUAGUUAUCCAUUUAUUUGAAGGAAUUUUGAGUCAGAAACUCAACCUAGGAUUUCCCAUAGCGCCCUGUCUUAAUAGGUCAGUUCAGAUUUGGGGAGCCAGCCUGAGCAUCUAACCGGGAUUUCCCCAUCCACCCACCCACCCCACUUAACCAUAGAACUGUGUGUUGUUUUGAAAGCAAGUUUAAGCUCUUACAUUUGCAAUGUCACAAAAAAAAGAAGAUGAUGUGUGCUUCAGAAACUUGUAUAUUUACUACUUGUGAUAUGACUGAAUAUAUCUGGAUCCCUCCAAUCAGAAAUAAUGCUAAACACUUUGGAGAUCUUUGGAUGCUUGAUUUUUGCCACUCAAUUCAAGGGUCAACUUUUUAUUUCAAGGGUGGAGAACACCCCAAGAAUUUGUUCCAGAACCAGUGGGAUACAAGUGCACCUCUACUAUAUGCCUUACAAACUUCAGAGGCCAUAUUCAAAACAGGGUUUUUAUCAGUGUAUGCAAGGGGAUACAAUCCCUCUUCUCUUCCUCCCCAGGUCAGACAGUAUGGACAGUUUUCACACAUAUCUACCUGUAUAAUCCUCUGUACCUCUCAUAACUGGUCAAUGACUGUAACAAGUUGCAUCAGGUGUUUUUCUAUAUACUUUUUACACAGAUUCUAUGCGAUUAAUGUAACUUAAUUCAAUGCAUCAUUUUAUUGUACUAGUUCUUAAGCUUGUCUAUUAUUUUUUUCUAGGUGACUGUGGUUUCUUGUGAUUUAUAUUGUAUAAAUGAAAUGGCUGUUGAUGCUUAUUCCUUGUUACUAAGAAUUUUUACCUUUUUGGAGAAAAAAACAGCAUUGCUAUGAACUAAUAAAUUUAAGACUUCAUUUACUCAUUGUAAAUACAGUAUCGUGCAAAGAAAAGAAAACCCUUUCCAUUCAUUUGAAUUGAUAGUGUUAACUGAAUUUUGUCUAGACACCAUUUCUGUUGAUGAAAUAAAGACAUAUCAUUACAUAUUGUAGAUCUCUGCCUCUGAAUUUAAUGUUACGUUCAUCGAAAAGCAAGCAAAUCUGAAAGGUGGCUAAAGCAGCAGUCCUAACCCUGUUUACCUGGGAGUAAGCCCCAGUAAAUUCAAUAGGAAUUACUUCUGGGGUGCAUAGGGUGUUAGGAGAGGCGUAAUUCCAUUGGUGUUAUGCUCCUUCUGUGGUAGUUUGUCAUCCUUUGAUCCCCACCCUUCACUUAGCUCUUAUCUGUGACUUCACCCCCCCCCCCCCCGGAGGCACACUCCAUUGUCUCUCAAGACAGAUGGAUGCCAACAACAACUUCUGAAUAGACAUGGCCACGAUUGUGCUGUUAGAUACCAGAUCUUAAAUAAACUGCAAGACUACAUCUAAAUGUAGCAUUAUGUAGAGAUUAGGCAUUCUGCCAUUGUCCAUACUGGCUCACUGUUGGUCUUCAUUUGCACUUCAGGUAACAAGAUCAGUGUAGGUGGCACAGGCUUUUAUCACAUGCAGAAUUCACCUUUGCGUGAUCUUAGCUUACUUUUAAGGUGAAUUUUAAUGGAAUCACACAUUCAUGUUUAGCACUCAGUGACAUGCAGCUGAACAAAUAAGCUGCCUCUGUUAUAAAGCAUUGUAUCCAAGGUCAUGUGAGCUACUAUGAAGGUUCUGUCUAUGAGCUUUUGAUGAGUGUUUUCUCACAUGGGGGUCAUCUUAACAUUCAUAAAGCAAUAUACAUAUGUGCACCACCUUCAGUUAGCUUUAAUGCUUUUAGAGAGUUGCUCACAUGGACUUACUUCAGGAAUAUUUGGACUGCUUGGCUUUGAGAUACUGAGUUGUGCAUGUCAUUAUUACUUUGGCAUUGGAAAUAUUACUUAAGAUUUCAUGUAAUAGAAGGUGUUGACAUGCUGUACAUUAUUCUUAAUUAGGUUUUGUAAACUAAAUACAGAGUUGUUUAGUUUGUGAUUUAUCUCACUGUAUUCCUUGGGCAUGGUAUCCUUUAGAAAAAUCUUCAUUUACUAGUAAAGAAAACACUAGAAGCUUGUGAAAAACAUGGAAGUGGGUCUUCCCCACCCUGUCUUUCUUUAUCCUUUAGUUAAUGUUUCCUAUUCAACCAAACAUUUAAGUGUGCAGCUUGAAGCAAUUGUGCGUUCUUGAGGAGGGUUGAUUGGAGCCCAUUAUAACUGGAACAGAAGAAGAAACUCACUUGUUCCAUAUUGUGCAGUUGCCUGUUUGAACGUUUAUCUAUUGUGGUUUCUAGGGCUGUUUUUUUUCUUUCUGUCCCAAAGGGGUAAGAGUUGAUUUUUUACUCUGUAUGUUUUUUGUGUUUGAGUGAGACUGAAAAUAUGGAGUGGAUUUCAUAAAGAGAGUGUGUGCUCUAUGAGAAAAAGAAAUCAAUGACGGACGAAAGAAAGAAAGCACUAUUAAAAUUGUGGUAGAAAUACUUUUCGCAUAGGAUAUAGCAAUGAGGGCCUCUUGAGUUAGUUAAAAGCAUUGAAGUGACCCUUGGGAGUUGUACAUCCCUGUUGUGAACUCGAUAAUCUUUCCCUUGCUGUCACACAUAACUGGAAAUAGUCUGGCCUAUUCAUUUUUGACCUUGCAGUUAUUCCCUACCAUUUUUUGAAUCUAUUAUCCCCUCCAUUAAGUCUAGCUGUGCGCUCAGUCAUCUCUACCCUAUUUAAUAAUGAGAGGAGAGAGAAAAAACACCCAGAUAAUGAACAGUUUCCCCUUCAGGACAGGUAUCUUUUCUAUGGCAAGGCUACCCUUACUUCCUAUUUGCUAUAUAAGGCAGGAACAGCAGUAGUCGGAAAGAGACGUUAUUAUCCUUUUGUUGUUAAAAAGCCCAACCUUUCCAUAAGCAGCAACAAGUAGAACUGCCUGGACAAAGACAAUGUAGAAACAUUUUAAAUUGUUGCUUUAGACCCCCUUUUAUGCUAAAUGAAUAAAACAGGGGUAGGCUAUAUCAUGUUUUGUUGUUUUUUUAAAAAAAAAGCUUUCAGCCCGUGUUUAUUAACAUUUGGAGAAACAGGCAAGUAACAAGGUAAUGCUGACAAUUCCUUCAAGAUCAUAAGAUUCAGCGUGCCAAAGGUCUGGGGAGGGAGGUAGCUGUGCAUCUUCGAGAUGGAUUCAGACUUCUUUGUUAACCUGCAGCAUUGAACUAAAAACUGCAUGCUGCUUUCAUUUUUUAUUCAUUGAUUCCUGGGGCGUACAGAGGUGGGCAGGGAAGAGAGCCUUUCAGAAAGCAGUCUCGUCUGCCAAGCCCACCCUUACAGAUGUUUCGUAUCUCGACAGCCUUGAAGUUGUGUAUCGGGGCUCCUGCUGGAUAGCUAUGUGGCAGUCCUACAAAUCAAGAUGUGUAUCUCCCCCACAGUCUUCUGCCAGGAACAAAAGAAUGCUGUUUUGUAGCAGCUGGGCACACUAAACAGCUCCUAGUAGUUGCACAUGAGAGGAAAUGGGAGCGUUUUGAAAACAGGCUUUUGGAUCACACGUGCGGCUGCCAAGAUGCAUGUGUUGGUCAGAAAUAACAGAUUCCAUAUCCAUAGCUGUCCACCUUGAAGCAGCAUAUUUGCUAGGGUUUAGGAGGAAGGGAGAGAACUGCUUUUAACCUUCAUGUUUCAGGUUUUGGGAUUUGCUGCUGUGCUUUGGUAGUGCUGCUAAGCAAGCAUUAUUUUUUCAUGAUAGAUGAUAGUUCUAGUAGCACAUUCUGAAAGAGAAAAGAGAAAGAAACUGACUUGGCUUGUAGAAGAAGAAAGAAGGUUCAGUGAAAUGUUCAUUCUCAAUAGAUUUGUAGAUUAUUUUAGUUUUAGCUUACCUGUUUUGCUUACAGUUUAGUGAAGGAGUGACAAAUCUGUUUCCCUCUGGAUGUUCCCAUCAUCUCUAACCAUUGGUUAUGCUGAGACUGAUGGGAGCUAGAGUCCAACAAUAUAUUGAGGGAUGCAGGUCAGCCACACCAGCUUAGUGCUUCAUCUUAAAAGCACAACCACCCUGCUGGAUUAAACCAAGGUCAGCCUAGUCCAGUCACUUGCUUGUGAGAAACCCACAAGCAGUACUUCUGUCCUGCUGUUUGCUCCCCAACAAAUACUGCCUCAGAAUAUGAGAGUGGUGGAGAAGCUGUAGUCCUCCAGAUCAUGGGUAGGCAAACUAAGGCCCGGGAGCUGGAUCCGGCCCAAUCACCUUCUAAAUCCGGCCCGCGGACGGUCCAGGAAUCAGCGUGUUUUUACAUUAGUAGAUUGUGCCCUUUUAUUUAAAAUGCAUCUCUGGGUUAUUUGUGGGGCACAGGAAUUCGUCCGUGUUUGUUUUCUCUUCAGAAUCUUAUCCAGCCCCCCACAAGGUCUGAGAGACAGUGGAUCAGCCCCCUCCUGAAAAAGUUUGCUGACCCCUGCUCCAGAAGAUGUGGAAGUGGUGGCGCAUCAGCUCCAGAUACCAUAGCAAAAUGGUCAAGGAUCAUGGGGGUUGUGGUUCAGCAGUGUCUUGGGGCAGGGGAUGCAAAUGUUUUCACAUUCCUGAGAUAACAGAUCUGCCCUCCAUCAAUUUAUGGGAACCCUUUAAAAAGCAACCUAAGCUAGUGGUCAUUUCUCAAUUUGUGUCAAAGUACUUCCCUUUGUCUGCCCUCAAUCUCUUGUCACUCAGGGAGUAGCAGGAUAGGACUAGCUUUGCUCUGUCUGCCCCAUUCUGCCCCAUUCUCUAAGCAACAGAACCACAUUUCAGUUGCUGUGGUGCCGGUUGCUGUGGUGCCGGUCAAUGCUGCUGCUUCAACCAAUCCAGCAAAUGGAGCUAUAGAUGUCGUGGCUUUUAACAAUUCAAUUUGGAGAAGUCCUUCUUGGGUCCUGUUCAACCACAUAGACACUUGUUGCUCAGUCAACAGCUGAACAGCAUAGUAAGUAGUGCAAACAAAUAAUAUAAGAAUGUAGCAGGCAUACUGGGAAAGAUCCAUAGCCCACGAGGCCCAAUAUCCAAUCUCUGAAAGCGAACAGUCUUACUUGUUUAAGAUGUCCUGUCACAGUGGAAGCAUCUGCUAGUGGGAGUUCCCCCUUACAUCUGAACUUGGAACUCUGAUUAAUUGAAACUACAGGUG